CGACGAGGAGGUGCUUGGUGAGGGCAGGGAUGGCCCGGAGCGAGGCGGAGCAGCACGCCGACGAGGGCCGACCGGCGGGCGAGGCCGGGUCGCUUGCGGUGAUCCCAGCACGCGAAACAUCGGGCACAAGCCUCGGAGGCGACGAUCAGGGCGAGGCCGGCUCAGGGGUGGGCGGAAGACGUGUUCGCCGGGGAGCCUCGCUGAAGGCGUGGACCAUCGGCGCCCUUGGGUACGCGUGCAGCUCUCCCAUGGGCCAUUCGCCCCCAUCGCUGCCCUCGAGAUCCGCUGCCGCCACUCUUUCCGUGAGGCCGUGAGGCUGCCCGCGCUGGAGGAGCACAUCGGUCGCAGGAUGGGGGCGUGUGGGUCUCGACCGCACGUGGCGGUGACCCUUCGUUAGGGUGGCCUUUGGUGAGGGCUCACGGGUUCUCCCCAAUCGCUGCAUGAGAUGCGACAGCAGCGGCUUGCGCGCUCAGUUUGGGCCCCCAUCGCGCCCCCCCUAGAGUCUCGCGCCACAUGCUACUCUUGCCUGGGGUGACUCCUGCGUGUAUCCGAGCCGAUCCCUGGACACGAUCCGCUGCCGCCAGUCCUUCCGUGAGGCUGCUCGUGCCAGAGGAGCGCCUCGGUCGCCCGCCCGGGUCGUGUGAGGCGCCCGCGCUUCGCACCCGGGGCGUCAACGAGGAGGCGAACAAGCUCUGCCGCGGCACCGAGACGAGGGACAGCGCGAGCAAGGCCGACAAGCUGGCGAAAGGCUGGGAGCAGCCUGUGCAGCACAAGCUCUUGUACCAGCACGAGCGCCCCGCGCGGAACGUGUCCGUGGGACCGCGUGCUCGCGGGAUGGCGCCCGAGAGUCCAGACUGCGAGGGCGCGAGAACGGAUACGGAUGUGCUCGCAGCUCGAGAGGGAGGUCGCCCGGUCUGGAGCAGCACCUUGGUCCUCCGCUGGGGGCGUGUGAGGUGCCCGCGCUUCUCGGACGGGACCAGGGGCCAGGACGAGGACAAGUCCGUUCCAGAGCGUUCUGGAACGCUCUCGGAGCGUCCCGGAACGCCCUGAGAAGGCCGCGGCGGCCGUCCGGAGAUUUCCGACGCGUGCUCACCAG